ACAUUAUUUUGGUUGAGUAGGAACUGCAGCCCUGUGCGCACCUACCUGCAGGUUUGGCUGGGAUACUGAGCUUUUUACAGUGGACUUGCACCGUCUUCUCCUUCAAAGCUUGGAGUUUGAGGCUUUCUGUCCAGGUCACGCAGGGAACAAAAAAAGAAACUCAGAACCUCUGGGCUCGUACCGGGAAGGGGCCUGCAGCAUGUCUGGAUCCGCUCCCUUCUACCAGAAGCACCAUCGCCACUAUGACAGGGGCUUCCGCAGCAAGGAGACCGAGUCCAAGCUGAGCCAGUACCAGACCAGCAGCACCUCCGCCACCACCAGCAGCAGCAGCAGGAGGAGCGGGGGACUGAAAGUGACUUCGUAUUCUGGGCUGGAGGCGAGCAGACUGAGUCCCGUGCCCGAGAGAGUGAAGCCAACUUACUUGGCCGUGGACAAAGAGAACCAAAUCAUCGGCUACGUAGUGCCCAUCUUCAGGGGCAGCCAAGAGUUCGCCGCGGGAUUUUCGGGCACCGAGGAGAGGAGGGCGCGAGACACGGCUGGAUACAUGGCCCGCAGGGAUUUGUUCACCAGCGGCCUGGAGAUGGAGAGGUCAGAGCAGGUCUCCAGGAGGGAGGCCAUGCGCGGGUCGGCCGAGCGCAUCUCUCUGAACAAAAGGAUCCAUGAACACGGGGAACACUUCAAGCGCAUGAACGAAGACAGCCUGAUGCACGCCCCGGACUUUGUGAUCAAACCUCGCUCCCACACCGUGUGGGAGAAGCAGUGUGUGCGUCUGCACUGCACCGUGAGCGGCUGGCCCGACCCGCGGGUCGUCUGGUAUAAAAACAAUGUGGCCAUCGACCCUCUUUCCAAUGCUGGCAAGUAUAAAAUUGAGAGCAGAUACAGCGUGCACUCACUGGAGAUCAACAGAUGCGAUUUUGAUGACACGGCGCAGUAUCGCGUCUCCGCCAUGAACUCCAAGGGGGAGCAGUCUGUGUUUGCCUCCGUCGUGGUCAAGAGGUUCAAGGGAGAAAUCGAUGAGUCCUUGCCGUCACCCAGACGUGCCAGUACUGAAGACGGCCCAGUGUCCGAGUACGGCAUCAACUUCCAGACUCACAUUGUUGAUAAAUUCGGCGUGUCCUUUGGAAGAGAGGGUGAGACCAUGAGUCUGGGAUGUACGGUCAUCAUCUACCCGGCCCUGCACCGCUACCAGCCAGAGGUCCAGUGGUACAGAGACGAUGUUCUGCUGUCUCCCUCCAAAUGGAACCACAUGUGCUGGAGUGGAGACCGAGCAACGCUGACUUUCACACACCUGAACAAGGAGGACGAGGGGCUUUACACCCUGCGCGUCACCACCAAGUCGGGAUACGAAACCUACUCAGCCUACGUCUUUGUCAGAGAUGCUGAAGCCGAGGUGGAGAGAGCUCCGGGUGCCCCUCUGGACGUGCGCUGCCUGGACGCCAACAAGGAUUACAUCAUCGUGUCCUGGAAGCAGCCGGCUAUCGAUGGCGGCGACUCCAUCUUGGGCUACUUUGUGGACAGAUGUGAGGUUGGAACCGCCCACUGGAUCCAGUGCAACGAGACUCCCGUCAAAUUUGCCCGUUUCCCCGUCACCGGCCUGGUGGAGGGCCGCUCCUACACCUUCCGGGUGCGCGCCGUCAACGCCAGCGGCAUGAGCCGCCCGUCACGCGCCUCCGAGCCGGUGGCUGCCAUGGACCCGGCUGACCGCGCCCGCAAGAGAGGUACCUCUGCUCCGUGGACCGGCCAAAUCAUCGUCACAGAAGAGGAGCCCGCGGAGGGCAUCGUUCCCGGCAGACCUCUCGACCUGCAGGUGACCGAAGCAACCAAGAACUACGUGGUGCUGAGCUGGAACCCACCCGGGGAGAAAGGCCUCGAGGGCGUCAUGUACUACGUGGAAAAGUGCGUCUCGGGCACCGACAGCUGGCAGCGGGUGAACACGGAGAUCCCGGUCAAGUCGCCCCGCUUCGCGCUGUUCGACCUCGCCGAGGGGAAGUCCUACAGCUUCCGCGUCCGCUGCUGCAACUCGGCCGGCGUCGGCGAGCCGUCCGACCCGACGGAGGCCACCACCGUGGGCGACAAGCUGGACAUCCCGUCCGCGCCGAGCCAAGUCGUCCCGACCAGGAACACGGACACGUCGGUGGUCGUGUCGUGGGGGGCGUCCCGGGAGGCCAAGGAGCUUGUGGGGUACUACAUCGAGGCGAGCAUCGUGGGCAGCGGCGCGUGGGAGCCGUGCAACAACAAGCCCGUGAACGCCACCAGGUUCAUCUGCCACGGCCUGACGACGGGAGAGAAGUACGUGUUCAGGGUGAGGGCGGUGAACGCCGCCGGGCUCAGCCAGUUCUCCCCGGAGUCCGAGCCGGUGGAGGUGAAGGCUGCGAUUGGGGGCGGCAUCCCUCAUGGUGUGUUUCCGGAGAUGGGGCCGGGGGGUAACGCGGGCCGACUAACCGAGCACAGGCCACGCUGGACGGGCGCGCAUGAAACCGUCCAGUCCCCCCCCGACACUAUGCGAAGGCACACUAGAGCGCAGGCUGACACUGAAGCCGGGGGCCACGGGGCCGCAGCCGCGAGCUCCGCCCUCGCACCGCCCCGACCCGGUGGUGGGGGUAAACGCGAGGGGGGCGAGAGAGGCAGCGUGUCUUGGGCCCCUGACCUGGCAAAAGACCUGGCCCCAGAGGCCGCGCCUGACUCACUUUGUGACUCACUAACCGACACGGCCCCCGCCGCCGCGCGCUUAGACCCGCCCCCCGCGGGGGGAGCCGGACGCGAGGCCGCCGCACGUAAGUUGCCUGUAGACGCUUCUGGUGAUCGGGAGGCGGCGAGGCCCCGGCGCGGGUCGACAGCCUCCCCUGCUCCUCCCUUCGGCAUCUCCGUCCUGGAGUGUGUGCGCGACUCCAUGGUCCUGGCCUGGAAGCAGCCGAGCUUCGCCGGCGGCGCCGACAUCACCGGCUACUUCCUGGAUUACCGCGAGGUCGUCGACGGCGUGCCGGAGAAGUGGCACGAGGCCAACACCAGGGCCGUCAGCGAGAGGGCCUACAGGGUGUCCGACCUGAGGGAGAACAGGAAGUACCAGUUCCAGGUGCGUGCGGCCAACAUGGCGGGCGUCGGCAUCCCGUCGCAGCCCAGCGACACGUUCCUGUGCGAGGAGUGGACCAUCGCCGUGCCAGGACCGCCCCACGACCUGCAAGUGAGAGAGGUCCGAAGUGACUCCCUGGUGUUGCUAUGGAAACCACCCGUGUACCAGGGCCGCGACCCGGUCAACGGAUUCUACGUCGACAUCAAGGAGGCGGACGCGCCGCAGGAGGCGUGGAGAGGAGUCAACACCAAGGCCACGGAGAGCUCGUUCAUCAAGAUCAAGAACGUGAAGGAAGGAGAGUCGUUCGUGUUCAGGGUGCGCGCUCAGAACAACGCCGGCGUUGGACAAGUCUCCGCCGUGACGGAGCCGGUGGUGGCGCUCACCAAACCAGGCACCAAGGAGAUAGUGGUGGACGUCGAUGACAACGGCGUCGUCUCCCUGAACUUCGAGUGCGGCGACAUGACGGCCGACUCCAAAUUUGUGUGGUCCAAGAACUACGAGGAGAUCACGGAUCCGUCCCGCUUGACUUUGGAGACCAAGGGAAACAAGUCCAAAGCUGUUUUCAACACCCCUGGGGAGGAGGACAUAGGUAUCUACUCGUGUCUGGUCACCCACACCGAUGGUGCUUCAUCCAGCUACACUCUCUCUGAAGAAGAGUUGAAGAGGCUGCUGGAGAUCAGUCACGACCACAAGUUCCCCGUUAUUCCGCUGAAGUCCGACUUGGCCGUGGAGCUGCUGGAGAAGGGCAAAGUGCGCUUUUGGCUGCAGGCGGACAAGAUGACGGCCAACGGCAAAGUGGACUACAUCUUCAAUGACAACGCUGUCUCUCAGGGGGACAAAUACAAAAUGAACUUUGACAAGAACACCGGCGUGAUCGAGAUGAUCAUGGACUGUCUGACUCCGGCGGAUGAGGGCACCUUCACCUUCCAGCUGAAGGACGGCAAAGCGACCAACCAGUCCAGCUUGGUGCUGAUAGGAGACGUGUUCAAGGCGCUGCAGAAGGAAUCAGAGUUCCAGAUGAAAGAAUGGGUCAGAAAGCAAGGUCCUCACUUUAUCGAGUAUUUGAGUUAUGAGGUGACACAAGAGUGCUGCGUGAUACUCAAGUGCAAGGUCGGAAACAUGAAGAAGGAGACCUCGGCGCUGUGGUACAAGGACGGCCACCAGAUCAAGGCGGACGAAAACCUCGGCUUCACCGAGGGGGUCCUGAAGCUGGAAAUUGCUCAAAUUUCCAAGAAGGACUCUGGUGUGUACGAAGUCGCUCUGAAGGACGACAGAGGGAAAGACACGUCCACGUUGAAUCUGACGGAUCAAGGUUUCAAAGACUUGAUGAAUGAAGUUUUCAGUUUCAUCGCCAACUCCUCCACCCCGCUGAAGAUCACCAGCACGGACGAGGGCGUCCGACUCUACACCUUUGUCAACUUCUACAACGAUCUGCUCCAAGUGACGUGGCACUACAAGGAUGCGGCCAUCGCCUUCUCUGACCGGGUGAAGAGUGGCGUGGUGGGAGAGCAGCUGUGGCUGCAGAUCACGGAGCCCACGGAGAAAGACGCCGGCAAAUACGCCAUCGAGUUCCACGAUGGCAAAGCGGGCCUGAGGAGGACCGUGGAGCUGUCCGGUCAAGCAUUCGACGAUGCUUUUGCAGAAUUCAAGAGACUUCAAGCGGCUGCUAUUGCAGAGAGAAGUCGCGCUCGAGUAGCAGGAGGCCUUCCCGACGUGGUCACAAUCCAGGAGGGCAAGGCCCUCAAUCUCACCUGCAACAUCUCGGGCGACCCUUUGCCCGAGGUCACCUGGCUGAAGAACGACAGGGAGAUCACCUCCGACGACCACUGCAUCCUCAGCAUCGCCUCGGGCAAGUUCGCCAGCUUCACCAUCACCGCCGUGAACACGAUGGACUCCGGCAAGUACAGCAUCCUGGUGAAGAACAAGUACGGCACGGAGAGCGGGGACUUCACUGUAAGUGUCUUCAUGCCCGAGGAGGCGGCCGGCAAGAAGAAAUAAUUUUUAAAAAGCGCUGCGCAUCUUGUCGUAAAUAUGUAUAAAUGGGAAGAAAAACACUGGAAGGGUGUUUUUUUUUUUAGGGGUUUUGUGUAGAAUGUGAAAGGAUCUCUAGAGGUGCUGACUCCAAAAAAGAAACAUUUCAGACAGAAAUGCAGAGUGUUGUGAUGAGUUAUUAUUAGCAUUUGGCCCAGUAAGAAGAAAAAAAAUCUACUCAAAACUGUUAGUGGUUUAAUUUCCAAUGUAGUUUGAGUGAAGCACGCAGAGAGGAAUGUUUGCACUCGUUUGACUCUGUUUGAAAAAUGAAACAUUACUUGACAAAACGUGUUGCGUUGAUGGGACGAAAAGAGCCAAACCAAAGGUUUUUACAUGUUUUACCCCAUUUUCUAGAAAUUGUUAAUACUUUACUGCCAAAAACAACACCCCAUAAACAUUAGAUUGAGUCGUGCUUGUAUCUACGUUCACACAGGUUGAUGCAUUUGUAGCAAAUGGGCUGAAACAUGCAAUGUGUCAUUUCAACAGCUUUGAAUUAAGUCCUGUUCUAUUGUUAUUCACAAUCAUUUGAAUGCACUUCCACGGUCACUGUUGUUACCAAUGACAUGAAAUCCCCUUCACAGUGCACCAUUAAUUCUGAUAAUGCCUCUUUUAUUUUGGUGAUAACGAAGCCACUGUAAUGAAGAAUGUUCUGAUCACUGUUCCUUAACAGUUGUUAUUGCAUCAGAGAAACUAAUAAAAACCAGCAUGUACCUCCUCCUC